AUGUCGAGUCAACUCCACCGCCAGAUCGCUCCCUUGAAGACUGGACAGGUGAAGAGAUUGAGACCGAGAUCUCGAAGCAUAAUAUCAACAAGCUCGGACGGCGGCGGUGGUAUGGUUUUGAGUUGCGUGGCCUGGGAUUUGUGUCGAAACUGGAUCGUGGCUGCCGCUCUCGCUAUCAUCGCGUUUUUCUGGCUGCGUCCCAAAAUCACCAUCAGCAGCUAUGUCGACGAGCUAGGCAAGGACGCAGUCAUCACAGCCGAUGCAAUGGAAAGUUCCAACGACGCAGCGACUCGCAUGAUCAACGCCAGGUUAUAUGCUUGCAAGAUGAUAGAGGUAGCUGAAGCCUUCACAGCCGGCGAGGUACCGUACAACGCCGUACAUGGCGUACUGAAGUGGAUCAAGGAUCAGACACCCGCAGAUGUGCAGCCGCGCGACGGCGGGCAUAUCGUGUUCAAGUGGACCGACCAGCCCGUGUGGACCAAUCAGGCUUCCACGAGUUGGCUCGGUCAGUUUGCUCAAGGCAUCCAGCUCGAUCUACCAAUUUGGAAGCCGCAGCAGCGGAGUGAGAAUUGUGUUCAGAUGCACAGAAGAGGACGACCCGAGUGA